AUUAGGGCUUGGCUAUGGUGUGAGAAGACGAUGAGGCUAUGCGUGGUUGGCGGCAUUGGCCAGGUGAGUGUCCCGGGGCACUGCAAUGUGGGAAUCUGCUGCAAGGGAUUCGCGAAUGGCUGCUCGUUCCGGAGCAUCUGCAAUCGCUUGGAACAGCGCUGAUCUACAUCCAGAUUGGGUGCGCAUUUCUCGGCUCGCUAAGCAAGCUCUACACUGGAGUUCCCGUGGCGGAAUUGGCCAUCGCCCUCUUCGCUCUCAUAGCCAUCGAGAGUGGAAUCCAAGUUUUGCUUCGAAUCUAUCUCGUCCUCAUGGGAUGCAACCUUCUCCUCGACGUUUCUUGGUUCGUCCUCGUCGCCAAUGAGCUCAGGAACAUUGCUCCUGGAAAGCUCUCGGCUAUGGCGCUGUAUAUAUUCCUGGGACUCCAAGCCACGAGCUCCAUUGCCCGGAUGGUCUCGGCAUUCAUCUGGUUUCCAUUGAUCCGGGAAGGCUUCUCGUCGCAUGAUGUUGCCUCGUAUCAGCCAGUUAACUUCGAUGCGCGCCUUGCCACCCUCGGCGAGGUCCCGCGAUCGGAGCCCUUCUGGCCGGAUGAGAGCCAAGCUUCGCAAAGCGAGACCCUGGCUGGAUCCAUCUAUGAUCCGGUUUACUUCUCGUCAUUGUUUGAGGACACCAAGGUGAGACCUUUCUUUGAGCUUCAAGAUUUCUUCUCUCUGUUUCCUAAAAAUUAUGUUCUUUGCGGGCAGGAUGGCGAGCAUCAGAUUAUUUUGCAGCGCUGAAUGAUCCAUCUUGCAGAAAGCAAUAUAAAUUUUUUGUGUAAAUUUACGAACAUUACAUUGUUGUAGCUCUCAUAAUUUUUUCAUAAUUUAAAAAAUUUAUGUA